AUAAUUUCGAACAACAUUUGAUAAAGGAUGAACAGAGAAGCAAGGAAGUAAAUGAAAUAAUGAAAAAAUCGCCUCAUCUCUCGCUUAUUCGAUCACAUAUAAUUGUAUUCUUCUUCAUUAUCGUUAUAACUCAGAGUAAGAUUGCGGAUACCGUAUCAAGAAAUACGUGUAACGAACACAAUUGUUUAAAUGGGAAGUGUGUUUCACCCAGUAUAGGAGACGAAAAUAGUUUCUGUGAAUGUUUCCAGGGAUUUACUGGUGCUAAAUGUGAUAGAUGUUACGGCAGAGUCAGUAAUAUAACUCUGAAACCUGGGCAGACUGGUGUUAUCACAGAUGGUCCUGGCAACUACACCUUCAAUACAAAAUGUUCCUGGUUAUUACAGACCACCGGACCAAAUAUUCGCUUUCGAAUAGACAAGUUUCAAACUGAAUGUGGAUGGGAUCACCUCUACAUUUUUGAUGGAGCGAAUCAAAAUAAAGAGCUCAUAGGAGCUUUAAGUGGUAUAUUACUUGACCCAAAGGGGAAUAAAAUGUCCGAUUUUGUUACAACUACCAAUACUACCUUCAUACAUUUCUUUAGUGAUGCAGCUUAUAAUAUGAGUGGAUUUCGUAUCCAUUAUGAAGUUGAAGCUUGUCCAUCUGAUUGUAGUAAUCGAGGGAAAUGUUGGUUAGGGAAAUGCAUCUGUGAUAGUGGAUUUUCGGGAGAAGAUUGCUCUUUCGAGAUAUGUCCUAAUAAUUGUAGUCUUGGCGAAUGUCGACCAGACGGUUGUAAAUGUCCCCACGGAUAUGCAGGCGAGGCGUGUAAUCAGUCUAGUUCAGACGGAACUUGGCGAAAAUUUAUGAUCGAAGGUGAUGACGUUGUUGGAAGAGCGUCACACGCGACUGCUACUGAAAGUGACGAUAUUUAUAUUGUUGGUGGAGAAACAUGGCAAAAGGAAGAAUACACGGAGAUUUUUAAGUUUAAAAAGAAUACGACAUUAGACUACACCUAUUCAUCCCAGAAAAUAAAAGUGUCUGAUACAAGACCAAAAUCUGUAUAUGAUCAUGCUGUGUCCUAUUUUGCGGAUAAUUUAUAUAUGACUGGCGGUAGCUAUAACCAAGAAACGAAAGAUGAAGUUUGGAAAUUCGAUAUAAAAAAAUCCAAAUGGGAAGCAUUGUCUAAUCCCUCUCAUCCAUUUUUAGCCGUUAAAGGGCAUACUUCACAUAUAUUUGGAGAGAAAUUAUAUAUAUUUUUGGGAUUUUCACCAAAAUUUGGAUACGUCAACUGGGUCCAGGAAUUUUGUGUAUAUUUACUUUUGCCAUUUUUAGAAAAUUUUUCAUGCGAAAGAUUGCAAGUUAGAGGAGCACGGAUUUUAGGAAGAUAUCGACAUUCCAGUGUAAUAUAUGAAAACAAUGUUUACGUUUAUGGUGGACUAAUUGCUAGAGACGUGAAAAAUUCGAAAUUAGUUGAUGAACUAUAUUCCUUUAAUCUUCUUAAUCACACUUGGACUAAAUUACCUUCUUCUGGAAAAUUAAGCUACCUUCACUCAGCAGUUGUUAUCAAUGAUCAGAUGUUAAUCUUUGGAGGAAACAUACAUAGUGAUACCGUUUCUUCGACCGGAGUUAAAUGUCAUUCUUCCACGUUUAUUUCUUACAAAUUAAAAUGCGAGAAAUGGACAGUUCUGAACCCAAUAAAACUACAAUAUGACAUAUCAAGAUAUGGACACACAGCCUUCACUACCGAAAGUAAAAUGUUUAUAUUCGGAGGUUUUGGCUCUAGACUAAAAAAUGAUCUUAUUGAAUUCACUCCUGGCACGUGUAAAAAUUUUAAAACUAAAGCGGAAUGUUUUAAUGCCAAUACGGGUAGUAAUUGCGUGUUUGCGGAUGGAAUUUGCUGGCAUAGAGAUUUAGCUAAGGAUACGAAAAAUCUAAGCGAAAAGAUUUCCGAGUGCAAACAACCAGAUGUAUAUAUGCCAAUUCCUAUCUUGCUAAUUAUCCUUAUGGUCAAUGUUUCGAAUGGAUCAGCAAUGUUAAUAAAUGUCCUUGUAAUGUAUAAUUGUAACCACUAUCAGAAUUGUUCUUCUUGUCAAACUCAACCGCAUUGCGGUUGGUGUAAUAAUAAAGCAAACACUGGAAAAGGUAAAUGCAUGGAAGGCAACUUUGGAAAAAAUCAACAAUGUCAAGGUGAUUGGUUCUAUAGUUCCUGUCCAGACUGCCAAUGUAAUGGUCACGCGAGUUGUGACGAUGGAAGUAAUUGCGAUGAAUGCGAUGACCCUAUGGAAGGUCGUCGAUGUGAAAAGUGUGGCAAAGGCUUCUAUGGUCUCCCAUUUAACGGACAAAAGUGCAAAAAAUGCGAAUGCAAUAACCGUGCUGAGUCGUGCAAUGAAGAUGGUAGAUGCUCUUGUUCCACGAAAGGAAUGAUAAAGAAAACGUGUAGUGAGUGCGAUAGGGAGAGUCACUAUGAUAAUGGUUUUGGUGGAGUUAACAUAACAGGAAAUGGAACUUGUUUUUACGAGUUGGCAACUGAUUUUGCAUUUACAUUUACUUUGGACGAACCGUCCGACAGCCAUAUUAAAAAUUGGAAUUUUAUGAAUAGACCUAUAAGAAAUGACAAAGAUGCUGACAUUUCAAUAUCUUGCCAUAACAAUAAUGAGAGUGGUUCACCAACUCCAAUGGUAGAAGCUUAUAUUUCGUGGAACGUUGGACCCGGUCCUUAUCCUAGAGAUACUAUAAUACAUCAACAAGAAUGCGAUUAUAUAAGGCAUAAGAUUGAUUAUAAAAAAUAUAGAAUUGGUCCGAAAUAUAAUACAACUCUAUAUAUCUUCGUAUCAAAUUUCAAAGUUCCACGAAUAGUUAUAAAGAGAGCUAGAAUUGAGCUAAGGCAAAUGGCCAGCCGACCAUUUGCGAAAUGUCUUUUAGAUCUUACUUCCAAUCCAGUUAAAGUUAUCCAGCCAGCAGUGGUCGAUACUGAGCAAGUAAAACUUACAAAGAAGAAACGACACACUAGAAGGAAAAAGUCUCCGCUAAUUUCACUUGAACCAAUGGCUAGUCAUAAGUCUGGUAUAGUGACAGUUUUUAUGAGAUUGCCUACAGGCGAUAGUGACUAUCCUCCAUACAUGCAAAGUGGAUUAGCAUUAGCCAGUUGCUUGGUAACACUGGGUCCGAAUAGUUGCGGAAGUGCAGCAAAAAGACUGAAAGAAUCAGAAUCAAAUAACAAAAAACAGAAGAAACCUAAGGCAGUUUCUAAUGAUGUCUCUGUAUGA